AAAGGAGUCUCUGAGCAUAGCAAUAGCAACAACAACUGCAACAAACAGAAACAGCUUCAUUUUUAUCUCUUUCUUUUCUUUCUUUGCCUGCCUUUAUUUUUUAUCAUCAUCAUCAUCAAGCCAAGGCAGACCCAUCUUCAAUGCCUACUCACUCACUCACUCACUCUCUAUCUCUAGAAACCUCCUGUGUCUUUUCUCUCACAUCAUCACACAGAGAAAAACGCACAUCCAAAGAAACCCUUCCCCAUCAAAAACAAAGAAGAGUCCACACCACACCCAACUCUUCUCUCUCUCCAUCUCUAACUUCAAUGGCCCAGCUGGACCAAAAUUUAUGUAGAAGAAAGAAAAACAAAAAAAGAAGGAAGGAGAGAAAGAAAGAGAUGAUAGAAAUGUCCUCCAACCAAACCCACCACACCAGCCAGCUCUCUCCAUAAAACUAACAACAACAACAACAUCUUACAUCUCCCAUGUUUGCCAGAAAUGCCCUUCUGCAACCCCCCAAAAAAUCCCAUCUUCUUCAUCACUGUCUUUCAAUAUAUUUUUCACCAAGAGUUAUGUGGGCUCUUUUGGGUUUUUUCUUGUUGUCUUGGUCAGAGUUUCACAGAGAAAACAGGAAAGCAAGAAAUUUCUCCUCCCUUACUUCUCCUCUCUGCCUCCUUUAUUAUUUCUCUUCCCUUCCUUGUCCUUCUUGUUGAAACCUCCUUUUAUUAUUUCCUAUCCCCUCUCCUUUUCAUCACCCCAUCUUCUUGUGUCUCCCACCUUUCUCUCUCUCCCCCCCCCCCCCUUUUAUUUCUUGGUCUUUGGCUUCUGGGUUCUCUGUGAAAGUCUGUGAUUGAUCUGAUGAAGGGGGUUGUUGCUGCGGAGCCUUCUUCGUAUGCUCUGUAUCAGGAUUCUAGGGCCAGAUUUAAGCAUCAGAGUCUUAUGCAGGACUUUGAGGAGCUGCAGAAGGAUGCAGAGACGAUGAAGAACAGAUUUGAGAUGAUGAAACAGAAAAGGUCUAUCCUUACCGCCGAAGUCAGAUUUUUGAGGAGAAGAUACAAGUACAUGAUUGGGAAGCAGUCUAUGAACCCUAAACCAAAGCAAGACCUUGUGCAAACACAGAAGUUCAAGGUCCAGCGUACCGAUGUUUCGAAGGGAAAUAAUCACAGUAAGAAGGAAUCUGCUUUGAGAUACCAAAGGGUACGAAUUAGUAAUGCAAUGGAAGUCGCCAAGCAAAAAUCUACUCCAAAUUCUGACUUGAACCAUAAGGCAAGGACUGUCAGCUGGAAGGAAACUACUCUGCAUAACUCAAAUCCAGUUAUUGACUUGAAUCAGAAGGAGAUGAUUCUAAGUGGGAAGGAAUCAACCAAGCGAAAGAACACUCCAGUUUUUGACUUGAACCAAGUUUCGCUAGAGGAAGAGGAGGAAAUUCAAGCCAACUGUGAGCCAAACAAAAGUAUACUUAGAGGGGGUAUUGAUGAGCAGCACAGUGAUAUGAAGUUGCUGGUUUGCAGGACUAUUGGGAAUGGAUCGAACCGAACAGGGAAGAGGAAGAUAACUUGGCAAGAUCAGGUGGCCUUGAGGGUUUGAUUACUUUCGCCUUGGAGAAUUAGUACAUUGAGAAGAUCAUAUAGGGUUGAAAAGUUUGCGUAGCCUUGGCAAGCUAUAGACUAUAGUUUAACUAUUAUUCUUGUUUGAUUUCUACCUUCGUGCCCUUUUUAGUUUCACCUUUCUUCGCUGUAAAGUAAAACAUAGUUAACACAUAAUGAGCACAUAUAGAUGAAAUGUUAAAAUUGUACCUCAGGAUUCAGAGCUU